GUUUAUAUAUAUCUACGUACCUAUCUACCACUGAGAUUUGAGAAUUGUAAUAAAUAGUACCUACCUGCUACUAAAUUACUAUUGCAUAGAUUUCUUUGUUUACGUGUCGAUCCUUGCGAACGAAAUACAUGCCUACGAAAAUAAAUAUAUCUAUCAAAGUCGUUUAUGGAAUUGUAUCAAAGCUGCAUUGUAAAACUGCUGCCGUGGACUAAUUGUUAAAAUGAAUAACGGUGAUAUUAGUGCUCCAAAAGGACGAGGCCGGGGGUGGCAAAUGAACAACCAGGCACGCGAGCUCCGGCGGCCUAAGGCAGUUUCAGACGAACCAAAGGUGGAUACUUCUAAAUCGAAGUUAUCAGCAGAUGCUAAAGAAUGGUACCCUGCAAAUUACACUUCUCAAGCGCUACCCGCUUACAAUACUGAACCUGCCCCAUAUAGACCAUCUCGCCCCUCUGUACAAGGUAGACUUCGUCAAGCUCAAGAUCAAAAUCCAUACAAUUUGGAUGACAUGUCUUAUUCACUUGAAGAAGCUGAAAACAUGGAUCUACGGGAGAACAUAGCAAACUUGAUAACUGUUAUGUGUGAGAUAACCUUUGACCCGGGCAAGUUUGACACCUUGUGUGGUCCCUUGGUGGAUUCAUUUGCUUCAACACUUAAUGAUGAAAGCUAUACCAGACCCUUGGUGGAUGCCAUUGUUAAUCAGUCAAUCGGCGAAGCAAAUUUCCGGUACAAUGGAGCUCGUUUGUGUUCAAUGUACGAUUCAGUGGCGCAACCCGAGGAGUCUGUAUUCCGCGAGUGCCUGCUCGAGCGCUGUUCCGUUGAGGAAAACAAGAUUAUCAGCGGCUUGGAAACUUCAGAGGAGAAUAUGCGUGGAUUUGCUAUGUUCCUUGCCGAGAUUUAUACUCAGCUUGAGGAUAGUCAAGGAGGAAGAAUAAAGACUCUCGGUGAAAGUCUCUGCAAAGUUUUUCUGCAUCUAUUGGACACUGAUAAGGAGUCAAACAUCAAAGCUGUUUGUCAACUGCUCAAGUUGUCGGGUCUGGCCCUCGACGCGGACUGCCCGACGGGGAUGCACGCGACGUUCGAGCGGCUCCGGCGGCGCGGGUCGCUGCCGCUCGUGCGCGCCGUGCUCGACCUGCGCGCGGCCCGCUGGGGGCUCGCCGACACCUCGCACCAACACGUUGGCGGCAUGAACGGCGGGUCGGAUUACGUGGAGGGCGGUUUCCUGGCGGACGGUCACUCGCUGACCGCCGAGGAGCGCGCCUUCCUGCAGAGCAACCUGCCGCCGCACAAGCACCAGCCCAUAGACGACGAUAUACUGGAGGAGCUUGAGAACGACUCGUGGGAGACUGGAAUGGAUCCUGAAAUGCAGGAGAGCUUCCUCGAGUUUCUCAAGAUAUCGAAUCAGAUAAAGCGAUAACCGCCCCGGACGACGGAACCCUCACAACGCGGGAGACAGACCAAUCUUACUUUACGAUUAGACAAUGGUCGAAAUAUUAUAAUAAAAUCUAAAAAAAAAAUUAAUAAAAACUUUUAAAAAUCCUAAAAAGUCAAAGGAGUCAGGAAGUUGAGGUUGUCAUAGCAUUGCAUGCCCGUUGCCCAGUCUCUUAAAUUAAACUACUACUUAAAUUAAAAACGAAACGAACGCCAUCUAUGAUCGAAUAAAGACAUGUACUCACGCUUUGCGCUCGUCACGUGUAGCUUUCACAAUACAACAUAAACAUUUAGGUGCUCCAAUAGUUACUAAGAAAUAGUUUAAUAAAAGCUUAUUCAUAUUAA